AGAGACGAGGCAGUAGCUGUCCAGAGUGGAGAAAAUGGUAAUAUUAGUGAACUCACUGAACAAAAGUUUCUGCACUUAUCUAUAGAAAGCAAAGUUUCGAAAUCAGAAGCGCUGGACUGGAGUUCUUUACAAGCACAAAAGGCAUUGAGAACACUAAUAUGUGUCGGCCAUGUAAAUAUAAAGCCUGGUGAUUCCUUGGUUGAUUUUCCAUGCCUGCGGACUCUGAUUCUACAUAUAGAUUCUGCAAAUGUCGCUCUGCUGGUUGAAUCUUUACAUGAACUCAAGCACUUGAGGUACUUGUCCAUACAGAAUUCUGGUAUAUCUUGUCUGCCAGAUAACAUUGGGAAGAUGAAAUUCUUGCAGUACAUCAGCCUUAGAGGAUGCCAACACUUUGUGAAACUUCCAGAUAGCAUUGUAAAUUUAGGGAAGCUAUGGUCUCUUGACUUCGAUGGAACUAGUAUAAGAGAUAUACCUAGGGGGUUCUGUACUUUAAAUUUUUUGAGGAGACUACGUGGGUUUCCAGUUCAGGUGGAUGGUGAUUGGUGUAGUUUAGAAGAGUUGGGCUCCCUUUGCCAGCUCAGGGAUCUUUAUCUGAAUGGACUGCAGAAUGCGUCUGCUACAUCGUCUGCCUCAAAGGCAAGGCUUAGUGAGAAGGUGCAUCUUACCAACUUGUAUUUACAGUGCAGUAGUGUACUUUGGGUUGAUGGGCUGAUUAAAGAUAAAGAAGGUGUCUCUCAGCAACGACAAAUCAAGAAGGUGUUGGAUGAGUUGUGCCCUCCGCCCAGCUUAGAUUUUCUUUUGUUGGCAGGAUAUUUUGGCCGACAUCUCCCAAGGUGGAUGACGUCAACACCGUUAGCAUCAUCCCUCGGGUGCUUGAGGACUCUAUGGAUGAAAGACCUGGUUUGCUGCACACAACUUCCGUCUGUCUUGUGCCAACUCCCCUAUCUGGAGCACUUUCAAAUCAUGCACGCUCCAUCCAUCAAGCGUGUUGGGCCAGAAUUCCUUCAGCCCUACCAUCACCAUGGCGCUCAUCCUUUCCAGGCGGCACAUGCCUUUCCGAGAUUACACACAUUGGACUUAGCCAGAAUGCUUCAGUGGGAGGAGUGGGUGUGGGAGGAGCAAGUGCAAGCCUUUCCUGUUUUGGAGGUGCUUUUCCUACAGAAGUGCAAACUGAGGCUUGUUCCUCCUGGCCUUGCCUCCAAUUCACGGGCUUUGAAAAAACUGUUUAUAUCUUUCGUACAGCAAGUCAAAUUUCUGGAGAACUUUGCUUCUGUUACUGAGCUUGAAGUGUUUUACAGCCCUGACCUGGAGAGGAUCACUAAUCUCCCAAAUCUUCAGAAGCUUACCAUCGUCAAGUGCCCAAAGCUGAAUGUGUUAGAGGGUGUUCCUGCACUGCAGAUUCUGAUGCUAGAGGAUUACGCCAUGGAAGAACUUCCAGAAUACAUGCGAGGUAUAAAACCAAGACAUUUGCAUGUAGAGUGCAAGCUAUUGUUGCUUGCCUCAGUAGCUGCAGGGCAAUCUGGCAUUGAGUGGGACAAGUUCAGCCAUGUCGAACAUGUCAAGGCAUAUGCAGAUCAUGGAAACAAUUCCAGAACAUUGUACGUGUUGUACACAAGGGAUUCCUUCAGCUUGGAGACAAAUAUCAACCACUCAUUUGUAUCUGCAGGAACCUUACCAUCUUCUAUGGUGGAUGCACAAGGAUUUGAAUCUAUAUUCAAGAUGAGAAGAAGUACCUUCAACUAUGUCUGCGGCUUGGUGUAUGUGCCAUCUUUAGAAGAUAUGAGCAGCUGCACCUUUGCUGAUGGCAGGGUGCUGUCUUUACAAGAUCGAGUAGCCCUUGCUCUGUUAGUGCUGAACUCUAGUGAGCCUCUGGAGACCAUAGGAUCAUCUGUUGGUGUGAACGAAUCAACCAUCUCGCUGGUAACUGAUAGCUUUGUUGAUGCCAUGGUGGAGAAAGCAAGACACCACUGGGGCUGGCCAUACCCUGAUCAGAUGGAGAAGACCAAAUCCAAGUUUCAUAAGAUCCAUGGUCUGCCAAACUGCUGCGGUGUUGUACAUACAAUUCACACUACACCACAAGACGACGAGAGAGGUUACAGCUUUGUAUUGCAAGCCGUCGUUGACCCUGAUUUGAGGUUCAUUCAUGGUCAAUGGAAAUGGUUAGAUAGCAGGAUCCAGUCUGGUAUUAUUUUGCACGACUCUGAUCUCUUCCAGAGUUGUGACAAGGGCGAGUGGUUGAACGGCAACAAGCUCAAGGUAUCUUUAGAUGGAUCAGACGUUGGGGAAUAUGUAAUCGGUGGUGCAGAAUACCCUCUUCUCCCCUGGCUCCUGACACCUUAUAACCAGCUGGAAAAGGAGGAUCACUCAAACUUCCCUGAUCAAGUCGAGUUCAACAGGAGACACUCUGCAGCCCGAACUGUCACAUUGAAGGCGAUGGCAAGGUUUCAAGACACAUAUAAGUGGUUGUACAGAGGGACGUGGCACCCGAAAAGUCCUGGUAAUGCAAUUUGGGCGUGCUUGUUGUUGCAGAACAUAGUGAUAGACAUGGAGGAAGGUGAAGGUGCACCGUUCAGUGAGGAGUCGGAUUUGUUAAACAUUGUCACGUCGCGAGCCAACAACUGCCGCGCCGCCCUCUCCAAUGCCCAGAAGGGUUCUCAAUCCGCUGCUGCGUACUUUGGUCAGAUGCGUGCACUCGCAGAUGAACUUGCCAUGGCUGGAAAGCCUCUUCUCGAAGGAGAGCUCAUUUCCUUUCUCAUUGCUGGCCUUGACAUGGACUAUCAACCCCUCAUAUCCGCUCUUGAUGUUCGCACUAAGCCUCUCUCCGUCGAUGAUCUGUUCGGCAUGGUGUCGAACUUCGAUCAGAGAGUGGAGAUGUUCCACGGAUCUGGAUCGGGCGCCUUCAAGUCCUCCGCAAACGCCGCCGCUCGCGGACGCGGUGGCCCUCCCAAGGGCAACCGUGGUUUCCCCAAGAGUGGUGGCAACAAUGGCAGCAGCAACGGCGGCUUCAACAACGGCGGCAACAAUGGUGGCUACCGCGGCGGCGGCGGCCAUGGAAACAGCGGUGGCAAUGGCUACCGCGGCGGCGGUGGCG